AUGUCCGCACCACCGCCACCUCCUCCAGGCUGGGACGCCCCUCCCCCGCCACCACCUGGAGCUGCUCCUCCCGACGCCCUUGCCCCUCCUCCGCCCGGUUACAAACCUCAAGUCGACCCUCAAAUCGCAAAAUUCGCCGACAAGAAGCAAAAAUGGUUGCGCAUGCAGAGACAGCGCUUCGGAGAGAAGAGACGUGGAGGUUUUGUUGAGACACAGAAGGCCGACAUGCCACCGGAGCAUUUGCGAAAGAUUGUAAAGGACAUUGGUGAUGUUUCGCAAAAGAAGUUCAGUUCAGACAAGAGAAGUUAUCUGGGUGCUCUCAAGUUCAUGCCGCAUGCUGUCUUGAAGCUUUUGGAGAAUAUGCCCAUGCCUUGGGAGAGUGUGCGCGAAGUCAAGGUCUUGUACCACGUCAAUGGAUGCUUGACGCUGGUCAACGAGAUUCCUCGUGUCAUCGAGCCAGUCUUCCAUGCGCAAUGGGCUUCCAUGUGGGUCGCCAUGAGAAGAGAGAAGAGUGACAGAAGACACUUCAAGCGUAUGCGCUUCCCCCCCUUCGACGAUGAGGAGCCGCCACUUUCAUGGUCCGAGAACAUUGAGGAUGUCGAGCCGCUUGAGCCUAUUCAGCUGGAACUGGACGAGGACGAUGAUGCCGCCAUCUACGAGUGGUUCUACGACCCCCGCCCUCUCUUGGACACAUCACAUGUCAGUGGACCUGGAUACAAGAAGUGGAACCUGUCACUGCCGCAGAUGGCUGCUCUUCACCGUAUGAGCACUCCUCUUCUCAGCGAUCUGGUCGACAAGAAUUACUUCCAUCUCUUCGACCUGCCCAGUUUCCAGACCGCAAAGGCUCUCAACGUCGCCAUCCCUGGUGGUCCCCGCUUCGAGCCUCUGUACAAGGAUAUCGACCCCAACGACGAGGACUUUGGCGAAUUCAACGCCAUUGACCGCAUCAUCUUCCGUGCUCCUAUCAAGACCGAAUACCGUGUCGACUUCCCCUUCCUCUACAAUUCUCUACCCCGCAGCGUCAAGCUGAGCACAUACUCACACCCUCAGACAGUCUACCAAAGGACGACAGACCCCAGUCUUCCUGCAUUCUACUUCGAUCCUGUCAUCAACCCCAUCUCUUCAAGAGCCGUUGCUCCCAAGAAUUUGACCGUCAGCCACGAGGAUGAGAUCUUCGGCCCUGGCAACAACGAGGACGACGAUUUCGAGAUGCCUGGUGAGAUUGAACCUUUCAUGUCUGACGAGGACCUUUACAACGACGAGACUGCUGCCGCUAUCCAGCUGUGGUGGGCACCUUACCCCUUCGAUCGCCGUUCAGGCAAGAUGGUUCGUGCUGAGGAUGUCCCUCUUGUCAAGCAGUGGUAUCUCGAGCACGUUCCCGGCGGUCAGCCUGUCAAGGUCCGAGUCUCUUACCAGAAGCUGCUGAAGAGUUACGUUCUCAAUGAGUUGCACAAGAAGCCCCCGAAGGCUCAGAACAGGCAAAACUUGAUGAGCACUCUCAAGCAGACAAAGUUCUUCCAGCAGACCACCAUUGAUUGGGUUGAGGCAGGUCUUCAAGUUUGCAGACAGGGCUUCAACAUGCUCAACCUGUUGAUUCACCGCAAGAACUUGACUUACCUGCAUCUCGAUUACAACUUCAACUUGAAGCCCAUCAAGACUCUGACCACCAAGGAGCGCAAGAAGUCGCGCUUCGGUAACGCCUUCCACCUGAUGCGUGAAAUCCUCCGCCUCACCAAGCUCAUUGUGGAUGCUCAGGUACAGUACAGACUGGGUAACAUUGAUGCCUUCCAACUUGCCGACGGUAUCUUGUAUGCGUUCAACCACGUUGGUCAACUUACUGGUAUGUACCGUUACAAGUACAAGCUUAUGCACCAGAUUCGUACUUGCAAGGACUUGAAGCAUUUGAUUUACUACAGAUUCAACUCCGGCCCCGUCGGUAAGGGUCCUGGUUGUGGUUUCUGGGCUCCUGCCUGGAGAGUCUGGCUAUUCUUCAUGAGAGGUAUCAUUCCUCUUCUUGAGCGCUGGUUGGGCAAUCUGCUCUCGAGACAGUUCGAGGGUCGUCACAGUAAGGGUGUCGCCAAGACAGUCACCAAGCAAAGAGUCGAAUCUCACUUCGAUCUUGAAUUGCGUGCCUCAGUCAUGGCUGAUCUGAUGGAUAUGAUGCCCGAGGGUAUCAAGCAGAACAAGGUCAACCUUGUGCUUUCACAUCUGUCUGAGGCUUGGAGAUGCUGGAAGUCCAACAUUCCUUGGAAGGUUCCUGGUCUCCCUGCACCCAUUGAAAACAUCAUUCUGCGUUACGUCAAGAGCAAAGCCGACUGGUGGAUCUCAGUCGCUCAUUACAACCGCGAGCGUAUCCGAAGAGGUGCCACCGUCGACAAGACCGUCGCCAAGAAGAACCUUGGUCGUCUGACUCGUCUGUGGUUGAAGGCUGAGCAGGAACGCCAGCACAACUACAUGAAGGACGGUCCUUACGUCUCCUCUGAAGAGGCUGUUGCCAUCUACACUACUACUGUUCACUGGCUCGAGUCGAGAAAGUUCCAGCCUAUCCCCUUCCCAAGUGUAUCGUACAAGCACGACACCAAGAUCCUCAUUCUUGCCCUCGAGCGUCUGCGCGAGGCUUACUCAGUCAAGGGCCGUCUCAACCAGAGUCAGCGUGAGGAGUUGGCUCUGAUUGAGCAGGCUUACGACUCACCUGGAACUACUCUUGCACGUAUCAAGCGUUUCUUGCUCACACAGCGUGCUUUCAAGGAAGUAGGCAUUGACAUGAACGACAACUACUCGACCAUCAACCCAGUCUACGACAUCGAGCCUAUCGAGAAGAUCACAGACGCCUAUCUUGACCAGUACCUCUGGUACCAAGCAGAUCAGAGACAUCUUUUCCCUGCCUGGAUCAAGCCUUCAGACUCUGAAGUGCCGCCACUGCUCACCUACAAGUGGGCUCAGGGUAUCAACAACCUGGACAAGGUUUGGGAGACUGCUGAUGGAGAGUGCAACGUCAUGAUUGAGACUCAGCUUUCCAAGGUGUACGAGAAGAUUGAUUUGACUCUGCUCAACCGCCUUCUUCGUCUAAUCAUGGACCACAACUUGGCAGAUUACAUUUCAUCCAAGAACAACGUUCAGCUCAACUACAAGGAUAUGAACCACACCAACAGUUAUGGUAUGGUUCGUGGUCUUCAAUUCUCUGCUUUCGUCUUCCAAUACUACGGUUUGGUCAUCGAUUUGUUGUUGCUAGGUUUGCAACGAGCCAGCGAGAUUGCGGGUCCUCCGAAUGCACCAAACGACUUUCUGCAAUUCAGAGACCGUGCUGCCGAAACUAGACAUCCCAUUCGUCUCUACACAAGAUAUGUCGACAGAAUUUGGGUCUUCUUCCGUUUCAGCGCAGACGAGUCUCGCGACUUGAUUCAACGCUUUCUGACUGAACAGCCUGAUCCGAACUUCGAGAAUGUCAUUGGGUACAAGAACAAGAAGUGCUGGCCGCGUGACUCUCGUAUGAGAUUGAUGCGCCACGAUGUCAACCUGGGUAGAGCCGUCUUCUGGGAUAUGAAGAACCGUCUGCCUAGAUCAGUCACCACUAUCGAGUGGGACGACACUUUCGCCUCUGUAUACAGCAGAGACAACCCCAACCUGCUCUUCUCCAUGUGCGGUUUCGAAGUCCGUAUCUUGCCCAAGAUGCGCAACCAGAACGAAGAGUUCCCUACAAAGGACAGUGUCUGGUCUCUUGUGGACAACUCGACCAAGGAGAGAACAGCACACGCCUUCUUGCAGGUUACUGAGGAGGACAUUGCCAAGUUCAAUAACCGCAUCCGUCAAAUUCUGAUGUCUUCUGGAUCUACCACCUUCACCAAGAUUGCCAACAAGUGGAACACAGCUUUGAUUGCACUCUUCACAUACUACCGUGAGGCUGCUGUCAGCACCGUCGACCUGCUCGAUACUAUCGUCAAGUGUGAGACCAAGAUUCAGACUCGCGUGAAAAUCGGCCUCAGUAAUCGUUUUCCUCCUGCCGUCUUCUACACACCGAAAGAGCUUGGUGGUCUAGGUAUGAUAUCGGGUUCUCACAUCCUCAUUCCUGCCAGCGACAAGCGUUGGUCAAAACAGACCGACACCGGCGUCACCCACUACCGUGCAGGUAUGUCGCACGAUGAGGAGACUCUUAUCCCCAACAUCUUCCGCUACAUCAUCCCGUGGGAAGCCGAGUUUGUCGACUCCCAACGUGUCUGGACCGAGUACUCGCAGAAGCGCCUCGAGGCUCAGCAGCAGAAUCGUCGUCUAACUCUUGAGGAUCUCGAGGACAGCUGGGACCGUGGUCUUCCUCGUAUCAACACGCUUUUCCAGAAGGACAGAAGUACGCUCAGUUUCGACAAGGGUUUCAGAGCUCGCACCGAGUUCAAGAUUUACCAGCAGAUGAAGAGCAACCCCUUCUGGUGGACAUCUCAGCGUCACGAUGGUAAGCUCUGGAACCUCAACGCAUACAGAACCGAUGUCAUCCAGGCUCUUGGUGGUGUUGAGACCAUUCUUGAGCACACCUUGUUCAAGGCCACUGCUUUCCCCUCAUGGGAAGGACUCUUUUGGGAAAGAGCUAGCGGCUUCGAAGAAUCCAUGAAAUUCAAGAAGUUGACAAACGCCCAAAGAUCGGGUCUUAACCAAAUUCCCAAUCGUCGCUUCACCUUGUGGUGGUCACCAACAAUCAACCGUGCCAACGUCUACGUUGGUUUCCAGGUCCAGCUCGAUUUGACCGGUAUUUUCUUGCACGGCAAGAUCCCCACCCUCAAAAUCUCACUCAUCCAGAUCUUCCGUGCCCAUUUGUGGCAAAAAAUUCACGAGUCCGUGGUUAUGGAUCUGUGUCAAGUCUUCGAUCAGGAGCUUGAGGCUCUUGGUAUCGAGACAGUGCAGAAGGAGACCAUCCAUCCCAGAAAGAGUUACAAGAUGAAUUCUUCUUGCGCCGACAUCCUUCUGUUUGCCAGUCACAAGUGGAGUGUUAGCACACCCAGCUUGCUCUACGACACCAAGGACAAUAUGGGCCAAACUACAACCAACAAGUUCUGGGUCGACGUCCAGCUCCGUUACGGUGACUACGAUUCUCACGACAUCGAACGUUACGUUCGAGCCAAGUACCUCGACUACACUUCCGACAGUAUGAGUAUCUACCCAUCUGCCACUGGUUUGAUGAUUGGUAUCGAUCUUGCCUACAACUUGUACUCCGCCUACGGACAGUACUUCCCUGGUCUCAAGCAGCUCGUUCAGCAGGCUAUGGCCAAGGUUAUGAAGGCCAACCCCGCGCUCUACGUUCUUCGCGAGCGUAUUCGCAAGGGUCUGCAGCUCUACGCUUCCGAGAGCAACCAAGAGUUCCUCAACUCUCAGAACUACUCUGAGUUGUUCAGCAACCAGAUCCAGCUCUUCAUUGAUGACACUAACGUCUACCGUGUCACCAUUCACAAGACUUUCGAAGGUAAUUUGACCACCAAGCCUAUCAACGGUGCCAUCUUCAUCUUCAACCCCAGGACUGGUCAGCUGUUCUUGAAGAUCAUUCACACUAGUGUUUGGGCAGGUCAGAAACGUCUCGGUCAGCUGGCGAAAUGGAAGACGGCAGAAGAAGUUGCGGCUCUCAUUCGAUCGUUGCCCGUUGAAGAACAGCCCAAGCAGUUGAUUGUCACAAGAAAGGGUCUGCUUGAUCCUCUCGAGGUUCACUUGCUCGAUUUCCCCAACAUCUCCAUUCGUGCCUCGGAACUGCAGCUGCCCUUCCAGGCUGCGAUGAAGGUGGAGAAGCUUGGCGACAUGAUCUUGCGUGCUACCGAGCCUCAGAUGGUGCUCUUCAACUUGUAUGAUGAGUGGCUCAAGUCCAUCUCUUCUUACACCGCCUUCUCGCGUCUCAUCUUGAUCUUGCGUGCUCUGCACGUCAAUCAGGACAAGACCAAGUUGUUGCUUCGUCCUGAUAAGACUGUCAUCACACAGGAGCAUCACAUCUGGCCGACGUUGUCUGACGAUGAUUGGAUUAAGGUCGAAACGCAGUUACGUGAUCUGAUCCUGAACGAUUACGGCAAAAAGAACAACGUCAACGUCUCUUCUCUGACACAGAGCGAAGUCAGAGAUAUCAUUCUGGGUAUGGAGAUCAGUGCCCCCAGUAUGCAGAGACAACAGGCUGCAGAGAUUGAGAAGCAACAAGAGGAACAAGCUCAGCUCACUGCUGUCACAACAAAGACGCAGAACGUGAAUGGCGAAGACAUUGUCGUCACAACCACAUCUCAGUUCGAGCAGCAAACCUUCGCCUCAAAGACCGAGUGGAGAACACGUGCAAUUGCUACGUCCAACCUUCGCACUCGCGCCAACAACAUUUACAUCUCUUCUGAGGAUAUCCGUGAUGAUGAGGAGCACUUCACCUACAUCAUGCCCAAGAACAUCCUCAAGCGUUUCAUCACCAUCGCCGAUCUCCGUGUACAGGUUGCUGGUUACUUGUACGGUUCAUCGCCGCCGGAUAACAAGCAAAUCAAGGAAGUCAAGGCUAUCGUUAUGGUACCUCAAGUCGGUAACACUCGUGACAUUCAGUUGCCUCGGAACCUGCCUGAGAACGAUAUCCUUAACUCUCUUGAGCCUCUAGGAUGGAUCCACACCAGCGCCGGCAACGAGACCAGCUACAUGACUGCACAGGACGUCACUCAGCACGCCCGCCUCAUGAACCAGCACGACACUUGGGACAAGAAGACAGUCACCAUGACCGUCUCUUUCACUCCUGGUUCAGUCUCGCUGUCUGCCUGGUCGCUGACUCCAUCAGGAUACACCUGGGGUGCUGAGAACAAGGACAUGUCUUCCGACCAACCCUCUGGCUUCAACCCUGGUGCCGGCUUCGGCGAGAAGUCUCAACUUCUUCUUUCGGACCGCAUCAGAGGAAUGUUCUUUGUUCCCGACGACGAGAGAUGGAACUGGUCAUUCAUGGGCUCAGGCUUUGGCGACAAGGAGAAAGGCCGCAUCUAUGUGGAUGUUGGCGUACCCAAGAGAUUCUAUGAUGAUGUGCAUAGACCUGUUCACUUCCAAAACUUUGCUGAGCUGGAAGACGUCUGGGUUGAUAGAUCUGACAAUUUGGCCUAG